AUGAUACUGAAUCAGGACAAAGUACGCCGAUCACCAGGGUUCAUGUCCGUCGGGUCACGUCGCUACCGAGAAUGGCAGAAUCUGGCACUUGAAUCGACCGAGGAUAUUAGAUCCGAACCUCCAGAGUCGAUGGAGUACCCAUCGGAGCCGGUAGCGCUACGUCCAUCGUUUUCCACGGCACGAUCGAUACUUCGCCGGCCGGGAUCCGAUAAAAUUGACAGAGAUCGAACAUGGGUAUCGACCCUAGAAUCUCGACCGAGGGCGGGAAUGGCCGACGCAACUCAGAUCGAGGCAGAAAUCACCGAACCGGGACGAGGUCACCCAUCUACGCCAACGACUAGUCCCGAUGCCGAUCGAUACCUGAGCGGCGAUGCUGAGAGCGGCGGGAUAAGUGCGAGCACGCCCGACCAGGUCACCGAUCGGACGGAUACCAAGGAUAUCAAGACGGAUAAUCGGACUGGCACCAAGGAUAUUAACCCGAAAACGGAACACCAAAACAAGAUCCAACUUGAUCAAAGCCAAAUCAAACUCGAUCCCGGCGAAGAACCCGACGCAAAACUCCCAAUCCUCCCGAUUGAGGGCGUCGAACAACGGAAUCCGCCGGCAGAAGGAGCCACAGCGACCACCCCACCGGAUGCCGAGGACGAGGAGGAGAUAUACUACCAUGGCAGCGGAGAUCUCUCAGCUGAAGAUCUUCAAGGAAACCUGGCUUUCCUCCCCAAAAUCCCGAUCUCGACGACUGCGAAGGUGAGCAUUGAUGAUCUGCAGACUCCAGAUCGGCCACACCUGAGGAGAUCGAGAGGCUCCGACAAAUAUUCCCCGGCGUCCAAGGGCGUCGUAUCCGAUAUCGAUGUCGGGAAUGCGAAACCAAUCGCACUGCAAACCCGAAAAGUAUCCACGCGAUUCCGCGAAAAAGUCGCAGGUCUGAUCAAGGAUCUCCUGGCAGCCGAGAUCAUCCGACCCUCGACAUCGCCAUGGGCCUCACCGAUCGUGAUUGUUCGCAAGGGUAACGGUGUGAAUAUCAGGUUGUGCAUUGGCUACAAGUUGGUAAACAGCCUCACGAGAUUGAUGGUCUACUCUAUGCCUCUGAUCAGCGAUCUGCUAGAAGAUUUUGAUAAAGCACUAUGGUACUGUUCGCUGGAUAUGGCUAGCGGUUGCUGGAUCGUGCCCAUGACGGAUCGGGCUCGCGAGAUCUCAGCAUUUAUCACCCCGUUUGGAUUAUUCGAAUGGAGACGCAUGUCAUUUGGUCUAAAGAAUGCCCCGCAGAUUUAUCAACGCCUCGUAGACAACACGCUGUAUGGAUCUUUGAAGAUCUCGCGAUCCGGCGACGCUGGAACCACAACGGACGUGUUCCAGACAGGGAUCGCGGACGAUCCUGAUCGCUAG